AUGAAGUGCUGGCCUUCAUACGAUUGCGUGGUACUGUGCCGUGCAAGGUGGAUGGCGGUGGCCUUCGUGUCAUGGUUUGUGAAUUCCACGACUGCGCAUGUCGCGGGUAGCAGUAUGUCCCAAGACACACGUUCGCAGGCGUGUGAAAGCGGUGGGUGUUUGGAUAUGUUCCUGCUGCAGGGCGAGUUGUUGUACGAGGUUCAGAUGGAUACCGAUCAAAAAAUGCCUGGUGACAUCACGGUGAACAGUUCACAGCGUAAGGGGUCACUGGCUGUGUCGUCUGCACCAACAGGAGCACCAACGUCAGCACCGACCACAUGUGUAGACGCAGACAAUGGAGCUACGAAUAGAUUUGGCAAUUCUUGCGCUGUCUAUAGCUACGACCCUGAUGCCCCAUAUAUCAGUAUAUGCUUGGAUCCGUAUUAUGACGACGAUGACUUCAGCUCUUCAAUGUGCUGCGUGUGUCCCGAGGAGUGCCCUGCUGUAGAAUAUGUUACUCACCCAGCAGGCUGUGAGGAUUGGGUUCAGUUUUUUGGUCAUCAAGCUCACUCAAAUCUUGGCGGAUUGGGUCCAGAUUAUACUAAGCCCAAGGAGAUGCGAUAUUACGGAGUUGGUAAACUUCCAAAUGGAGUCAUAUAUGAUUUAGUCUACACCAACACAAGCGUCUAUACUCCCCGGAACACGAAUUGGAACGGCGUUUCUGGGGAACAGGCGCUUGUGAACCUCCUUGUUGGUGAGCGGGUUACUCUCCGGGCAGAGUUCGUGAGAAACCAUUCUUUCUGCCCCGAGUUCCCAAAUUCUCCAAAACUAACUUUCUGCGAUAUUGACCAUUUCAUAGACGGCGAGAACGAAAUAAUAUUGCUAGACGGCGUCAGGGCGGUCUACACGAUCGACGGCGACAUCGAUUUCGACCUAAGUUUCUUUCAGUAUGGAACUUCCGUGGGGGACAGCCCCCAGCAACUGACUGGCGUGGUCUCCGAAUCGAUCCAAUCAUCCGUUCCAGGCAGGAUGUCCCGCAGGUACACCUACCCCGGUGGCAAGUUUGGGAUCAUGUCCACUUCGCGGAUGUUCGGUCACGGCUGCGACAAUCCAACCGGCCCGAAUGAUUUAAUCAACAUCACUUGUCCAGACGAGACGGCCGUCCCUGUUGACCAAGCGAAGCGGUGUUUCAUGGCCGAGUUCGACAAUGUCAGUUCGUUCGAAAUCGGAUUCAGGAUCCUCAAUGCAUACUCCGAUGAUCACGUUCAUCUUUGGGGCCGUAAUUUCGGCUUGGGCGGGACGUCGAAUUUCUUCGCUGAGGCGGGGAGCUUCACGUGUGCUCAGGAAUACUUCGACAGUAUUCGAACGCCUUCGCCGACGCCUUUCCCGACGGCCUUGCCAACAGCAGCACCGACGGCGGCUCCCACAGCUGCGCCGACGGCGUCCCCGACGGCCUCGCCCACAGCAACACCGACGGCGGCUCCCACAGCUGUGCCGACGGCCUCCCCGUCCCCGUCCCCGACGAGCUCGCCAACAGCAGCACCGACGGCUUCGCCAACAGCAGCACCGACGGCGGCUCCUACAGCUGCGCCGACGGCCUCCCCGACGGCCUCGCCAACAGCAGCACCGACGGCGGCUCCCACAGCUUUGCCGACGGCCUCCCCGUCCCCGUCCCCGACGAGCUCAUCAACAGCAGCACCGACGGCUUCGCCAACAGCAGCACCGACGGCGGCUCCUACAGCUGCGCCGACGGCCUCCUCGACCCCGUCACCGACGACCUCGCCAACAGCAGCAACGACGACCUCGCCAACAGCAGCACCGACGGCGGGUCCCACAGCAGCACCGACGGCCUCCCUGACCCCGUCACCGACGACCUCGCCGACGGCUGCACCGACGGCGGCUCCUACAGCUGCGCCUACGACAUCUCUGACCCCGUCUCCGACGACCUCGCCGACAGCCUCGCCGACGGCAGCACCGACGGCGGCUCCCAUACCGACAGCCCCGCCGACUGAUCAAAACGGGAAUUCCGGAACUUUCUUCACGAUUGCGCCGACGGCUUCGCCAACAGCAGCAGCGACGGCGGUUCCCACAGCUGCGCCGACGGCCUUCUCGACCCCGUCACCGACCGCCUUGCCAACAGCAGCACCGACGGCCUCGCCAACAGCUGCACCGACAGCCUCCCCGACCCCGUCACUGACGGCCUCGCCAACAGCAGCACCGACGGCGGGUCCCACGGCUGCACCGACGGCCUCCUCGACCCCGUCACCGACGACCUCGCCGACGGCUGAACCGACGGCGGCUCCUACAGCUGCGCCUACGGCGUCCUCGACCCCUGCACCGACGGCUUCGCCAACAGCAGCAGCGACGGCGACUCCUACAGCUGCGCCGACGGCCUCCCUGACCCCAUCACCGACGACCUCGCCGACGGCCUCGCCGACGGAAGCACCGACGGCGGCUCCCACACCGACAGCCCCGCCGACUGAUCAAAACGGGAAUUCCGGAACUUUCUUCACGAUUGCGCCGACGGCUUCGCCAACAGCAGCACACCGACGGCGGGUUCCACAGCUGCACCGACGGCCGCCCUGA